AUGGAUGUCUUCACCAGACUCGCUUCCGGAAUUUACAUACGCCAAAACCAUCAGGGAGACCAAGACCACCGGCCGCAAGCUCAGCGCACUCGUCCUCGCCAGGCACGCCAGGCUCUCCCGGUCCAUGACCUCCAAGACGGGACACUCCACCGCAAAAUAGCCGACACCAACGAUUACGUGGCGGAAGCAAAGUCCGAGUACGACUCCCUGCGCAAGCAGCGCCGACUCCUACGCGAGAGACUCGAGCAGUUGGACGCGAAGAUGGGGAAGCAAGAGGAGAGGAUCGUGCAGUUGCAGGACUGUCGUAGCAUGUUGUUGGACGAGCAGAAGGCGAGGGAGAAGCACCGUCGGGGAAAGAAGGGUGACAAAGGGAAAGAGGAUCGUCGUCGAGGAGGCUGGUGA